AUGACUCAAUGCCAUGAAUCAUCUGUUUCCCCUCCAUCAGAUAACUGCUGUAAAGUGGUGCUUGAAUUUGAUCUUCCAUCAAGGCCACAUGUUUUGGGAUUCCAGCCGUCUGCGAGUGUGGAGCUUGUGCCUGUGUUUCCCCGCGUGUACCGCACCGUCCUCCACCCGCACCUCAGGAAGGGCUGGGUCGAGAAGAGGAGGCUCCCAGAAUAUAAGGUCUACCUGAACAAUACUCUGGCUCUGGAGACCACCUGGUUCGCUCCUGAAGAAAUAGGAAUUUUCCAGCAGCAAGAGAAGCCUGUGCUGGUGACAAAUCAAAUGGCAAUGAGGAUAUCUAGGCCAAACACUGCCUCCAGGAACCUCCACACGCUGCUGGUGUCACCGCGACGCAUAUCAGGCUGUCCGGUGGGCAUUAAGCGCGUGCGGAGCAGCAACAAGAGGAUGGCCCUGGCAGCGGCCGCCAUGAUGGCCAUGGAGUCAGACGUGACCCAGGGCCCCUCUGCCUCCUCCGCCCACCCCCUCCACCUCCUCUCCCUCACGCCCAUCAAGAUCCCCCUCCUGACAGCUCACAGGCCAGGAGUGCGCUCCACCUGGGAGGGGUUUCUGGGCCCGGUGGUGCCUGCUCAUCUCAGCAGGGUGUCGUCCCUGUCGCCCCCCGGCGUUGCCCUCAUGGCUGGAGACUGGAAGGAGCGAGGCCCAGCCGGCGGAGUGCGUUCCACCUGGGAGGGGUUUCUAGGCCCGGUGGUGCCUGCUCAUCUCAGCAGGGUGUCGUCCCUGUCGGCCCCCGGCGUUGCCCUCAUGGCUGGAGACUGGAAGGAGCGAGGCCCAGCUGGCGGUAGGAAGCUGAGGCUGGAUCUGGGGAAGCGUCCGUGUAGAAGAGCGCUGGUGCUGCAUGCAGACCAGAAGAUGGAAGACAAAACAGUGGAGCAGCCCUUCAAGCUGGGCCUAGAGGAGCAGCGUGCCCCUAACGUCCAGCGGCCUGUGGCCUCCACACCUGUUCCUGGAUCCCCCUGGUGUGUCGUGUGGACGGGUGAUGACAGGGUGUUCUUCUUCAAUCCCACGAUGCAACUGUCUGUCUGGGAGCGGCCCAUGGAUCUAAAGGAUCGUGGAGACCUGGAGAGGAUAAUGGAGGAUCCGCCGCACAAACGCAAGAAAGACUCAUCAAAAGAUGGCUUGACUUCUCCAUCUGCUGAUGACAAUGAUGAGGACGAUGAGCACAACUCCAAAACCAAAAGGAACAAGGUAGAGGAACCUGGGGACAGUGGAUUAAAUGGCAUUGGAAAGGAGUUGGGGACCCUCAGUGGAACAUCAUCGAGUCACAUGAUCCUCCCCUUGGAGCUCCGCAAAGCACACUUCAGAGACAUGCUGCUCGAGAGAGGGGUUUCAGCGUUCUCAACGUGGGAGAAGGAGCUUCACAAAAUCGUGUUUGAUCCAAGAUAUCUUCUACUGAGCUCAGAGGAGCGCAAACAGAUUUUCGAUCAGUUUGCCAAAGAACGAAUGAAGGAGGAAUACAAAGAGAGGAAGGGUCGAUUGCAGCAGGCUAAAGAAGAGUAUCGCAAGCUGCUUGAAGAGUCAAAGAUUACCUCAAGGUAAGGGAAUGGAUCCUCUGACAAAUUAUGAGGCGAGCGGCACAACGUGGCUCUCUCAACU